AUUCAGUAAGGUCGCUGUUGACAGGAGCACAGAGGAGCAGAGGGUGAAAAUGCAGAGUCUGUCUGUACAAGCACUGACCCUGCGCCAGCUGGGCAAACUCAACUCGCUCUACACCCUGGCACCGUGGAACGGCCCCAGGUUAGCACUGCGUUGCCCACGCGCUCUGCAUGCCCGUCAGCUCUGUGGGUCCACAGCUCCAUUCUUUCACCGUUCAUCAACACUUCUGAAGUCUCGAGAUGCUGUUCGGGGUUUAACCUAUCAACAAAUACAGUUUAAAAGCUCUAAAAGGAAAAAAGGCAGAGCUGGAGGUGCUCAGGAGGACCAGGACGAGGAGGGAGAUGCUGAGGAGGAUCCCGAGGCCAGUGACUAUGAGGAUGAACUACAGGAAGAUCCCAGUCUGCCUAAAGACUAUAAAGACUAUGAAAAGGCCGUGCAGUCACUACGAUUUGACCUGGUUUUGAAAGCCGGCCUAGACAUCGCUAGACAUAAAAUUGAGGACGCGUUCUAUGACCACAAGCUGCGACUCAACGGACAGAAACUCAUCAAGAAGAGCAGAACUGUCAAGGUAGGAGACACACUAGACAUCGUGAUUGCAGAGGACAAGGAGAAGGACACUGUCACGUUGAAGAGAGUCAUAUUUAAAAAGACUUUGAGAGAAACAAGUGAUGGGGACAAGUACAAAGUUCUCCUGAGAAGCUGGAAACAUCUGCAGCUACCCAGACGUGAUGCCUUCAAAGAAUGACAAUGAUUCUAAUGAACUUGAAUGGAAAAGUGUGAAAGGAGAUUGUUUACUAUAAAGGAAGAUGGUCAGUUUUUCUAAUACAACUGCCUGACUUUGUCACACCACCACAGCUUAUUCAGAUUGGAUCAGUUUAUGAGGGGUGUCGGUGUGAGGGUUUUUUUUUUUUUUGUUUCUACAAAGCCUGUUUGCAUCACAUGCGGUCACAUGACCACACUCCAUAUGCAACACAAUAUGCUGGUGUUUUAAUCUCACUCUUCUAAACGGCUGCAUUGGAAUGGUUUGACAAGCUUAUAGUCAGGUGUCCACAUACCUUUGGCCAUAUAGUGUACAUGCCUCCAACACGUGUAUGUAAACGUUUAACCUCAACUAUAGUUAUGCUUGUUUGUAAUAAAGUAAAUACAAUUCUAUCACAGAGUAACAAAAUCCAGCCCUCUGUGGGAGGAAAAGUUUUGGCACCCCUGGCAUCAGUCCUAUGUUUAGAUCCAUUUGUAUCCAGAACAGCUCGGUGAAUUUCCUGCUUUAAUAAAACAACUAACCCAGGUGGGAUAAA